UGCCCCCUCAAGUGAGGUUUCUGCUUACUCUGUGGCUGAACACUAUCUCACCAAUUUACUCUUCAAGAUUAGGUUGCUGUUGCUGUUGUCUAUGAACGAGAGGAUUAUAUUCCCAGCAGUGAAAUAACUUUGUUGGAUUUCAGCUGCACAGGUUGCAUUGCCUGGCAGUGCCGCUCUGAGGUACUUGGGUUGGAAACCUGUCCGCUGUCGCUACACCAACUAUACUCCCCUGCGUGAACGUCGUGUAGUCUUAUGCCUACCAGAGUUGAAGUGUCGGAAUUUCAUUAGACAUUUUGGCUCUACUAUACAUGAAGAUUGAGUUAUAGCAGUACAUGAUUUAGAGGUAGUUAUGAAGGUUGCGGAUACAAAAGGAGAACUCAAGUGUGCGGAGAAAAUGAAGAGAGAAGUGACAUCUCACAAGAGGCAACCUUGCAGCACAACUGUGUUUAAUGUUAUCUCGUCUUUAUUCUCCGUGGCAUCAUUAGCAUUUUGCAUUUUUCUGAGUGUUAAGACAUCAGAGAUAAAGGGCCGUGUUGUGGAUUUGGAAACUGGACAUGGCGAGCACAUCCUUCAUCGGGUUCCCGGUUUUUCCCUGGAUCACUUUAAUUCAUUGAUUCAAAAACGAGUUGACGAGCUUCUGUCACAGCGCUCCUAUGAAAGUUUUGCUAAGAUUCGAAUUGCCAGAGAAGUGACACCUGAGUGCAACUGCCCACCAGGGCCACAAGGAAAGCGUGGAAGAAGAGGUCGCAAUGGAGAACCUGGACUUCCAGGUCCUCCAGGUCCACAGGGUGAUAAGGGGGAUCAAGGCGACCAGGGGCCGCGGAUGGUCUUCCCUAAGAUCAAUCAUGGCUUUCUUUCUGCUGACCAGCAGCUCAUAAAGCGCCGGCUCAUUAAGGGUGACCAGGGUCAGGCAGGGCCCCCAGGCCCCCCUGGCCCCCCAGGGCCACCAGGACCCCGGGGACCUCCAGGGGACACGGGCAAGGAUGGGCCCCGGGGUGUGCAAGGCCAGCCGGGGGAUCCAGGAACUCCAGGAGAAUUAGGGCUAAUGGGACCCGAGGGGCCCCCAGGAAUCAAGGGUUCCCUUGGCUCUGCCGGCGUACCAGGGGUUGACGGACUGAAGGGGGAGGUGGGAACCUCCGGAUUAGAUGGAACUCCUGGCACCAAGGGUGAAAUGGGAGAACGGGGUGAAAAGGGCGACAUGGGUGAAGAUGGCCUCAAAGGAGAUGUUGGAGAGAAGGGUGAAUCCGGCUCUUCUGCUGCCGGGAUCAAGGGUGAACCAGGAGAACCAGGUCGAGGAGGAAUGAAGGGAGAGCCAGGACUUCCAGGGCUGCCUGGACUUCCCGGGAUUAAGGGAGAACCUGGAUUCCUGGGGCCCCAGGGAGAACCAGGACUUCCAGGACUGCCAGGAACCAAGGGGGAGAGAGGAGAUCAUGGCCCUCCAGGCAAGGGAGAGCGGGGCGAGACUGGACCAAUUGGACUGAAGGGAUCACAAGGAGAGGGAGGAACACCAGGCCCUAAAGGUUCAAAGGGCGAGUUUGGAGACAAAGGAGAUGUGGGAGCCAUAGGUCCAAAGGGACCUCCUGGACAGAAAGGAGACCAGGGCGCCACUGAGAUCGUCGAUUACAAUGGAAACAUCCAGGAGGCUUUGCAGAAGAUUACCACUAUAACAGUGACGGGCCCACCAGGACCUAUCGGGCCCGCCGGACCUCAGGGUGCCAAGGGUGAUCAAGGAAUGCCAGGACUGCCCGGACUAGAUGGAGAAAGAGGUUACAAAGGUUCGAAGGGAGACAUGGGCAUCCCCGGGACCUCCGGAGACAAGGGAACCGUGGGUUUAACAGGCUUACCGGGUGUCAACGGUCUGAAGGGAGACAAAGGGGAUUCAGGCCUUUCUGGACCUCAGGGCAGCUCUAUAAUUGGACCCCCAGGGGCCCCUGGACCCCACGGCCCCCCCGGCCCCAUGGGUCCACAUGGCUUCCCUGGACCAAAGGGGGAGGGCGGGCUCCACGGCGUAAAGGGUGUGCGCGGGGAGUCGGGCCACAAAGGGGACCGGGGACCCCUCGGCCUGCCUGGGGCCUCCGGCUUGGACGGCAAGCCCGGAAUUAGGGGUAUGGAUGGGCCUGCGGGGCCCUCAGGUCCAGCCGGGCCGAAAGGCGACAUAGGGGAGAAGGGAGCAGCAGGUGAACCUGGACCCAGAGGACCGUACGGCCUUCCUGGUGCCACUGGGACUCCUGGCCUUGAUGGGUUGCCAGGCUUAAGGGGAGAGAAAGGCGACCUGGGGGAGAGAGGAGAAAAGGGUUUCCGGGGCUUUAAGGGGGAGAAGGGGGAGCCUGGGCAGCCUGGUCUGGACGGGCUGGACGCCCCGUGCCAAUUGGGCCCAGAUGGACUUCCAAUGCCUGGAUGUUGGCAGAAGUGAUCACGCUAAUCCGAAACGCAUGGAGUUUGUAAAUAAUGCUUAUUUUAUGGUAUUUAUAGUUUGUUUGGGGGGGGAAAAGAUAUUAAUACUUAAAUCGGUGUAAAAUGGGAACAAAAAAACAGCAAGAGGUCCCAAGCUUCCACCAUAGCUGCUUCAACUCACCUCGCCGUGUGGAAACUGUGUGUGCCAGUCUCACGUCUGCAUUGUGAACGUCAGACAUUUGACCGACCACAGACCUCAGUCUUUGCAUGCCCAGUCUGCUGUGGUUAAAGACUGCAUGGUCAUGGCCCUGGUGAGAGUCAAAGGCCGAAUGAAAGGAGGAGAAGGAGUUGGAGGAUGAGGAGCCGAAGGAGGCGUCGGAGGGAUGUGGCCUGACUCCUAACCCCAGAUGCUAGGUGUUCACCAUCCAUUCCCACAUGCUAGCUGAAAUAAUGGCUUCACCCCAAAACAAAGCAUCAUAUCCCCUCUGUCCCCACCAAAAAAAAAUAGCAUGAGAACUGUUGCAAAAGUAUAUUUAUAUGUAUUGUACAUACAUAUUUCAGUGUUGUGUGGUUCGAAUUUUAUGGCUUUCUGCAAAAACAUUAACUCACUGUCAACUUCACACAAAACAAACAGAUCUCUGAAUGCAUCUUGUCCUUCUCUUUCUUUUAAUCUUCCCAAGGGUGUCACCCCAUGGCUGGUAGCAUGAGAGGAAGUAUAGGAAGUGUAGAUGGGUUGUUGAUUAUCUACCUGUGGUGAGUUAUGAGGGUACAGCAGCUGCAGGUCUUUGGAUGGUUUGGGGACUUAGUCCCCUACCUUUUCUGAGUGAUGCUUCCAACAAACACUUCUCAUUGGACAAAGGAGGAGAGCGCGGGAAGCUCACUGCACUGUGCGCAGCCAACGGAAACACAAAUGACUUUGUAUUGGACAGGCCUGUGUGGGAUCAGAGCAGGAGGUGGGCAUUGACAGAGCAUAGCCAAUCAUCUCUCACCAAUCUCUGUGGAGAUCACAUGGAGCACGACAAAGAACAACACUGAGAACGUCAUAAGAAUUCUGUGUGAAUGAUGAUUUUUAUUUUUUUUUGCUCUGACUCACAGGUUUUUUUCUGUCAGUGAUAACCUUUGGUGCCUCUAGCUAUUGUUAUUCAUUCCUUUAUGAACAAUGUACAACUCUAACUAUGCUUUGAGUCAGUGGAGUGGUUCUUGGUGCAGGGUGUUGACCCCAGUUGUCUAAAUGUGUACAUGUUUAAAAGUACACGUACAUUGUGCGCUGUUGUCAAUAUGUAUUGAAUUUUAAUAUUAGUGGGUGUAAAAGCAGCAUGCACACAAUGGUGUCAUCUGAGAACCUGUUGUGUAGUAAACUCCUGUAUAACACGUUGAAGUCACUUACAUAUGAUUGUACAGCAUUUGUGCUAAACCCAUGGUUGUGGAUGCUGAUCUGUAACACAUUAUUACUGGCUUGUUACUUGGAAUUGGUGGGGUUAAUUUGUUAUUAUUUUACUGUGUUGACAAUGUUCAUUGAAAUAUUGUGAUGCAAUAUCAAUUUGCAGUACUGACUAUAUACUUUUUUGUUAUUUUGACCUGUCAGUCAGUUGAUCUAUGCUAUUGAUCAUGUCAAUCGAUUUUCUCACAUGCAGGUUAAUGUUUAGUAAAUGACAUGUCGGCCAGAUGGUGUCACAAACCUUCCCCUUUUCAUCCCCCAAGAGUUGAGGCAGUGGAUGGCAUGGCGCGACUCUAAUCCUUU